AUGGAUAAUUACUUGGAAACCCAAUUGGAAGAGCGCAGAAUUGUCCUUGUUGGAAAAACAGGUGUCGGGAAAAGUGCGACCGCAAACACAAUUCUAGGAUGUAAACGAUUUAAAGCCAGUCCGUUAACAGUGUCGGAAACUAAGCAGUGUCAACACGCGAUUGAAGAAAGAUUUGGCAGAAACAUUAUGGUAGUUGAUACACCCGGCUUAUUUGAUACCAAGGACGAGGUCGAUGUCACUUGCCGUGAGGUUGUGCGAUGUCUAGGUAUUGCCUCUCCCGGUCCACACGCAAUUAUUAUCCUGGUGGUGUCAAUAGGCAGAUUUACACAAGAAGACCGCGAAACUGUCGAAAUGCUUGCCGGUAUAUUUGGAGAACAUCAGAUGUGUGAACAUUUGAUAGUGGUUUUCACUAAGAAAGAUCAACUCAUGUCUCACAACUUGACGAUUGCCCAAUACGUAUCUUCAAAACAACCGUAUCUGGAUAGCGUUAUCGCCAGAUGUGAUCGUCGCUUCCUUGGAUUCAACAAUGAAGGCACGCUGAUUAGCAGAGACCAAGAUGUGCGCAAGCUCUUCAAGAUGAUCGACCAAAUUGCUAAUGAAAGGGGUAACAUCUCCAAUGAUAUAUUCCGCGAGAUUGAAGAACACUGCACACCUACACCUGGAGAUAAUAUGGAAGAAUUGAUUACUUAUAUCGACAAGUUACAAGUUGAUGGCCAUCCAGCGAAUACCCAAAUACUUUCUUCCGAUGAAGAAGACACAAAUGACCUAACGCUGGACAAGACAACGCAAAGCAUGCACACAAACCAGACCGAAAACAAGAGAAAAGAGUUUUAG